UUUGUAACCCUCUGAGGAGGAAGAAAGAAGAGAAAAAAUAAUGGAUUGCAUAAAACACAAGCACCAAGGCCACAGAGGAGUAUGCGCAUCUUGCUUAAGAGAAAGACUCUAUUUACUACCCGACACGACGUCGUACUACACCAUAAACCUAUCUAGUAACUCCUCGACCACCACAGUUUCGUCUCCUCCGGUUAAGGAAUACCACCGGCGGUCCGGUUCGAUGACGAUGUCUUUCACUGUGAGGGAAGCGUUUAGUGGUAAGCUGAUCGAGGCUUUGGGUGGAGGGCUGAAGAAGAGCAGAUCCAUGGCUCAUGUUCCUAGGGGUUCUUUUAUCGUUAGUGAUUCUAGGAGGAAGAAGACGACGGAGAAGUUGAAAUCCACGAAGGCUAAGGUGAGUGGAUUUUGGAGGAAGCUGUUUCAUCUGAAAGGGAAAGGCGGUGGGGCCGACGUCGGAGGGUUGGUUGCUUCACGGCAAAGAGUGUAGUAGAUUUAGUUUUUUCUUCUUGUUGUUAUGUGUACAUAUUAACAAAAAAAUGUUAAAUGGAGUAGAAAUAAUAAUACUCUAUUUUUUUCUACUUAUACAAUCAUGUCAUUUUGACACCUUUUUUUUUGUAACACUUUUGACACUUCUUUUUAUCAUAUAAAAGGUGUCAUUUUUAAA